CGUGUCCAACUUGCAUAACGCACCCCUGCGGACGCGAUUAGAUCCCGUCGCUGCCGCAUGGCUGCGUUGUCCAAGUUGGGGAUGAUUCCCUGUUCUUGGAAGCCCGUGAUGUUGGGCUACCCGUGCCGAGCGUUCAACCACUCCUGCCACCCGAACGUGUUUAUGUACACGGUGGGCAAGUUGUGUGUGCGGGACGCAUCGUAUAAUUUUGGGAUGACCUCAUGUAGUCGGGACGGUAUCAUCCAGGGCUACCCGUCCCGGACGUUCAGCCAUGCAUGCAACCCGAGCAUGUUUUACGUACACGCGUGGCGUUGCUGACGGCGGACACGACAGUACGAGAAGGGCCGGUUCGACACGUUCAGCGUGGAACGAAAAGGUGUUCACCGGGCACCAGAAUGAUCUGCGCUCGGGGCUGGACGCGUGCUUCGCCCCGAACGCGCAGUACGUCCUGUCCGGUCCCGAAGAAACACACAUCAUCUGCUGUACACCUGGCCUACGGAAGACGGUAAACUUGCCACAAGAUGCUCUCCCAACGGGCACUCGUCCGCGGUUGGCGAGGUCAUCGCGAGCCCGUGAACGCACACGGCGCUGUGGAUGGACACGGGUUUGGAACCGGGGCAUUGGGAUUUUGAUCUUCGCGGGUGGUGUGUAUUUUUCGCUGGACGCUACGCCUACUGCUGCUGUCCGAUAGUGUCAAGUCACAGAGAACAUGUCGCGCACAUUGAUGUAACUGCUGCUGACGAUUGAGCUUAGUUUGAUCGAUCAGCUUGGACGCUCUAAAGUUGUCGCGAUGGAGGAUUCCUUGCAUUCUUGCUCUCUCUGUUUCCCGGCAGGUGCUGUCGCUCGGAGAACUUGUCGAGAUUUCCGGACACCCGGAUCCACCUGUCUUGCAAGGGUCCCCGCGAUUCUCACCGUAGCCCGCUGAAUAUCUACGUGUACAUGUAGACUACUGUACAGAGGCCUCUGGUAUGCAUAGUGGGCAUAGAAAAUCACGAGCGCCUCACGUAAAAUAGAAUUGUGUGAGUAGUGAUUAAGAAGAGGAUAUCGACCCAUGGUAGCAUUUAAAGACGGCUCGCUGCAAUCGCGAAACCUGCACCCGCCC